AUGCCAAAGAACUGUAGCAAAGAUUGUCUAGGUCUUCGAUACCGCAUUAACGGACUCCACCAGGGAUUCAAGUGGCUCCAUCAGACCAUUGAACUUCACGAAUAUCUCAUCUCCAUGACAUCCGACUACACGGAUAACUCAGAGUGUGCUUUCAUUGGGAAACAAUAG